AUGGCAGCAGAACCACUGUCUGAAGUGAUAGAGGCAGCAGAACCACCGUCUGAAGUGAUAGAGGCAGCACGCCCCCCAUCUGAAGUGAUAGAGGCAGCAGAACCAUUGUCUGAAGUGAUAGAGGCAGCAAGCCCAACGUCUGAAGUGAAAGAGACAGUAACACCACCGUCUGAAGUGAUAGAGGCAUCAGCAACACUGUCUGAAGUGAUCGAGGCAGCAAGCCCAUUGUCUGAAGUGAUAGAGGCAGCAGAACCACCGUCUGAAGUGAUAGAGGCAGCAAGCACACCGUCUGAAGUGAUAGAGGCAGCAAGCCCACCGUCUGAAAUUAUACAGGCAGCAGCACCACCGUCUGAAGUGAUUGAAGCAGCGGCACCACUCUCUGAAGUGAUAGAGGCAGAAACCCCACCUUCUGAAGUGAUUGAGGCAGCAAGCCCACCGUCUGAAGUGAAAGAGGCAGCAGCACCUUCGUCUGAAGUGAUUGAGGCAGCAACCCAAGCGUCUGAAGUGAUAGAGACAGCAAGCCCAUCGUCUCAAGUGAUAGAGGCAGUAGCACCACCGUCUGAAGUGAUAGAGGCAGCAUACCCACCGUCCGAAGUAAUAGAGGCAGAAGCCACAUCGUCUCAAGUGAUAAGAGGCAGCAGCCCUGCGUCUUAA